GUUAGGUUUUAUCGGGUUCAAGCCCAAUUCUCUCUUUCUCUCUCUUCUACCGAAACCCUAGAUCUGGUUCGCCGGCGGAGGCCCAAAAACGCCGUUGACCCAGAUUCCGAUUUACUCAAACCGGAGCUUUUCACGAUCUGGGUUUUGCUCAAUUUCGAGGUUUUGGUAUUUGGGUAGAUAUUUGAGAGUGUAUUGCUGCUCUUAGGAUGGCAACCCCAGAAACACCUGUUACUCCGGCAACUCCCACCGAAAACCAUGAGAUGGUCCAUGAACAUGAGAUGAUACCUGAUCAUGAGAUGGGCCAUGAACAUGAUAUGAGCCAUGAACUUGAUAUGGGCCAUGAACAUGAGAUGGGCCAUGAACAUGAGAUGAUGAAUGAACAUGAGAUGAUGCAGGAACAUGAGAUGGUUGAACACGAGAUAGUGCUUGGCAAUGAGAUGGUCCCGGGCAAUGGAAUGGUUCAGGACUAUGAGAUGAUUCCAGGAAAUGAGAUGGUUCUUGCAGAGCCACAACCCAACAAUGUUGAAACACCAGAAACUCAACCUGGUAAGCAUAGGAAAAAGAAAUCGAUAGUUUGGGAGCACUUCACCAUUGAAAAUGUUGCUGUUGGGACUAGAAGGGCACAAUGUAAGAAGUGCAAGCAAUCGUUUGCAUAUAGUACAGGGUCAAAAGUAGCAGGAACUAGUCAUCUGAAGCGCCAUAUUGCCAAAGGAUCAUGUCCAGUAGUCCUGCGUAAUCAGCAGAAUGAUCAAUUGACCCCAUAUAGUGCUCCUCCUAAGAUGACUGGAUAUGGGGGUAGUAAUGGUGCACCUAAAAGACGUUAUCGAACUGCUUCUACUCCUUACGUUGCUUUUGAUCCAGACCGGUGCCGCCAGGAAAUCUCUAAGAUGAUUAUCAUGCAUGACUAUCCCCUUCACAUGGUUGAGCAUCCAGGCUUUCUUACUUUUGUUCAGAAUCUUCAGCCUCGUUUUGAUAUGGUGAGUUUCAACACUGUGCAAGGAGAUUGUGUGGCUACUUACCUUAGAGAAAAGCAAGCCAUCCAGAAGGUGAUUGAGGGAGUGCCUGGGUGGAUCUGCUUAACACUAGAUAUGUGGUCCUCCCACCACACUGUGGGCUAUGUAUUCAUAACUGGGCAGUAUGUUGACAGUGAGUGGAAAAUUCAUAGGAAAAUACUCAAUGUCAUCAUGGAACCAUAUCCAGAUUCUGAGAUGGCUUUCAGCCAUGCUGUUGCGGCUUGCCUUUCUGACUGGAGUAUGGAGGGGAAGUUAUUUUCUGUCACUAUUAAUCAACCACUGGGUGAUGCUGCUAUUGAUAAUCUUAGAGCUUUACUCUCUGUGAAGAACCCACUUGUGCUUAACGGUCAAUUAUUGGUUGGAAAUUGUCUUGCUCGAACUUUAAGCAGCAUUGCCCAAGAUGCGUUUAAAGCUGUGCAAGGAACUGUCAAAAAAGUUAGAGAUAGUGUCAAGUAUGUGAAAACAUCGGAAUCUCAUGAGGAAAAGUUUAUUGAGCUCAAACAGCAGCUUCAGGUGCCUAGCACAAAGAUGCUGACCCUUGAUGACCGAACUCAAUGGAACACAACAUAUGAGAUGUUGUUGGCUGCAACGGAGUUGAAGGAAGUAUUUUCAUGCUUGGAUGCAUUAGAUCCUGAUUUCAAAGAUGCCCCAUCAUUGGAAGACUGGAAGCAAGUUGAGACUCUGUGCACUUACUUGAAAAUCUUCUUUGACACUGCCAAUCUCCUGACUGCACCAACAAUUCCAACAACCAACACAUUCUUCCAUGAAGCGUGGAAGAUUCAAUUGGAAUUGGCUCGUGCUGCAGCAAGUGAAGACCCAUUCACCAGCAGACUUACCAAAAUGAUGCAAGAGAUGUUCGAUAAUUAUUGGAAGAGCUGUUGCAUAAUGUUGGCUAUUGCCGUAGUAAUGGAUCCACGCUUCAAAAUGAAACUUGUUGAGUUCAGUUUUUCCAAAAUAUAUGGGGAAGAAGCAGCCGCCUUCGUGAAGACUGUUGAGGAGGGAAUCCAUGAGCUCUUCAAUGAAUAUGUGUCUCUUCCUCUACCUCUAACACCAACUUAUGUUGAAGAAGUAAAUGGCAGUGCUAUGAGGCAGGAGGAUGGCCAAGGCUUCGAUGCCUCUUGUAAUGGGCUUGGACUUACUGAUUUUGACGUCUACAUUAUGGAGACUUCGAGCCAGCAGUCAAGGUCAGAACUUGAUCAAUAUCUGGAAGAGUCCUUGCUGCCUCGUGUUCACGAGUUUGAUGUGGUGGGUUGGUGGAAGCUUAACAGAAUGAAGUACCCAACUUUGUCAAAAAUGGCUCGUGAUAUCUUGUCAGUUCCUGUUUCAACAGUAACUGCUGAUUCUAUAUUUAGCACGGUUAGCAAAGAGAUGGAUCAUUACAGAUGUUCCUUGCGACCUGAGACCGUGGAGGCCCUCAUCUGUGCCAAGGACUGGCUUCAGAAUGCAUCUAUAGACACUUCACCUGUACCAAUAAAAAUGGAAGUUCCGAUUUAGGUCUCGGUUAUGUGAAAUACUCGUCUAGAAUAGCUCUAUUAGCCUGAUUAUUGAUGUUUUCUUUAAGACUAUUAACAUUUGUCUUCUUCGUGUCGUCUGAGAAUCAACUUUCUUGUAUCAUAAUUUGGUACCUCUAGUCUUACUGGAGAGUUUAGUCCCCAUUUUCAAUCUCUUUAUUUACUCAUUGAUGUUUGAAU